GCGUAAUAAAAUAUGGCGAUUGAAGCCUGAAGUUCGUUUUCUUCUUUGAUUACAGCGAAGAUCUCCACAUAUGUAAAGAAAAGUUCCAACCAUGUCACACAGUUAUUAUGGAAAACAGUGGGUUGAAUCCCAGGGAGGGAUUCUUGAUCUGCUGGAGGUUGAACUUCCAUCAGAACCGGCCAAACCAGAAAAGGACCGUAUUGCAGCAUUUCAGAUGUUUGCUGUGAUGUAUAUCAAAUAUAUUCAAAUAUUCAGAAGGAUUGAAGAAUGCUAUGAUCAGGUGGUUCAUCCUCAAAAGAGACGGGUGUUGCGUCAUUUGCUUGAUGGUAUCAUGGGAAGGAUUCUUGAGUUAAAGAAUGAAAUGGUACUGCUUGAAUUCUCAGAGUAUCACUACUUUGAUGAUGUGCUGUCAGAUCUGAAACUUACACCUGAUGAUAUAGAAAUCCCCAUUCCAAAAUACUUCACAUAUGAGAAUUCCAAAGUUCUGCAAGAAAGAGAAAAAAUGCUGGGCAGCAUCUUGGCAAAAAUGGGUCCACAAGAAACAACACCACAAAAGGAAGAAAUACAGAUGACUCUUGAUGAUGCCAUCAGGCUUAUUCAGGUGCAUGAGAGGGCUCGGCAAGGAAGACUGAGAGCAAAGUUCAUGAGAGAAAUCAGACAACAAGAAGAGAGGGAACGUCAGGCACAACUGCGAGGAGCACCAACUAUGGAUCCUGACAUUGCAGCUACAAAAAUUCAAAAGGUUUGGAAAGGUUACUCACAAAGAAGAAAGACCAAAAAAAUGAGAGAAGAAGAAUUGAUAUUUGUGGGAAUGGCUUCUCCUCCUGAGCCAAAGGAUUGGAAAGACACACCCAUGUAUUCAGCUAAGAAGACAGAGGACCACAGAAGAGUCGUUCAAGAAGAACAUGAGAGGGAAUAUCAACAAGCACUUGUUUCCAUUAAGGAGAAGAUUCGCGAGAUUGAGGGACCAGAUAUGAAAGAAAACAUGCAAGAUCAGAUUAGGCAAUGGUUUAUUGAAUGCAGGGACAAGACAGGCAAGUUUCCUGAUUACCCUGAUGACGAUGAAGGAGGAUCUGCUGCCAUAUUCAAGGAGAAAGAUCCUUUGGAGAUGGAGAAGGAGGAGGGACAGAAGGAUGAGGAUGGGGGAAAGAAGAAAAAAGGAAAGAAGGGAAAGAAAGAGAAGAAAGAGAAAAAGGAUAAAAAAGACAAAAAAGGAAAGAAAGGCAAAGGAAAAGGAAAGGGAGGAGAUGAGGAAGAAGAAGAGGGUAUAAAAAUGCAGGUUUCAAACUUUGUUCCAACAGUGAAUGAAGCAGCUGCUACUUACAAAGAUGUGUGGCAGUUCAGAGAUGAGGCCACCAACUUUGAGCAGAAACAUGAUGCAGAGUUAAUCAAAGAGGCUAAAAGGAUUGAAGUCGAUGAGGAAAUCCGAAAGCAAGUUGAUGAGCUUAUGCGGCAAGAACUGAAAAACUUGAAAAUGGCUGUUGAUAGAGAUAAAGGGGGCAAGAAGGGAAAGAAAGGCAAGAAAAGUGGCAAGAAAAGUGGGAAAAAGAAAAAAAAGAAGAGUGGAAAGAAAAGUGGAAAGAAAGGAAAGAAAAAGAAGAAAGAGAAAGAUUUGACCGCUGACAGAACAAUAGAGUCCCUUUAUGAAGAAUUGGUCCACGAAGGAAUUUUAGUAAGACCUCCCAAGAUUAAUCUGAGGGACUUUGCUGGAGAAUACAGUUACCUUGGAACAACUCUCCGUCAGGCUAACAUUGAGCCCAUGCCUUCAUUGUCUGAUGUAAGACGAGUCAUUACUGAGUUUGCCAUACUUCCCUUAGGAUCUCAAGCUGUGCAUGAAAAAGCCCCUUUAGUUAAGUCAGUUCUGAUUGCGGGCCCGCGUGGAGUUGGGAAGAAAAUGUUGGUGCAUUGUAUCUGUACGGAGACUGGGGCCAAUAUGUUCGACUUAACCGCUGCGAAUAUCGCGGGAAAAUACCCAGGAAAGGCUGGAUUGGCCAUGAUGCUUCAUAUGGUGUUUAAGGUUGCCCGGCAGCUUCAACCCUCAGUCGUGUACGUUGGAGAUGCCGAGAGAACAUUUGUUAAGAAGGUUCCCAAGACUGACAAGAGUGACCCCAAGAGACUUAAAAAGGAUCUGCCUAAGAUUUUGAAAACCCUCAAAGGAGAGGAUCGAGUGCUGAUUGUUGGAACCUCGCGAAUGCCCUUUGACGGCGAAAUCAAACCAUUUUGUGGAUUAUACCAAAAGAUUUUGCUGAUACCAAGACCUGACUAUGCUUCGAGGUUCUUGCUCUGGAAAAUGCUGAUCACACGAUGUGGUGGACGCGUGACUGAAGCGAUAGAUGCAAGUUCGCUGGCCAAGAUUACCGACGGCUACACUCCAGGUCACAUGGUACAAGCAAUUCAACAAAUUCUGACGGAAAGACGCAUUCAACAGCUUUCAAAAAGACCGUUGUCAGCUGUGGAGUUUGUGGCGCCUUUGGCUCGAAUUGAUCCGAUUUAUAAAGAAGAGGAGGAAGCCUUCAAGGCAUGGUACGCGAAGACACCGCUGGGAAAGAAACGAGCGAAGGCUGCUGCAGGAGACGAUGAAGGGGAUAAAAAAGGAAAGAAGGGAGGGAAAAAGGGUGGAAAGAAAAAGAAGAAAUAAUAAGAAAAGAACAGAACAAAUCAGUUACGACGUGGAAAGACCAAAAAGUUUCCGAGGUCGAGUGUUUUAUACGUACUGUUGUAAAUAAAUCUGAGCCUGCUGUUGGGCAGAGUGUAAAUAGAAAAGAUACAAACGAAUUAAACAAAUUUUUUCGAGUGUA